GUGCAGCGACAGGGGGACUAAAAAGCGACGACCUGCUGUCCCCAGGUGAGGCACUUUGGGACACAAUGGCGCUGAGAGUGUUCAAGCUGCGCGUCCUGGUUGAAGCGCUUGUCCUGCAGAUGACCAUCGCGCCCGUUUUCAUGGUUCUGGGGAAAGUGGAAGUGAACCAAUGGCAGAGGUACAUCGGGGUCAAGAGCGGAAUGGCCAUAAGGUUCAAGUGCUACAUAACCAAGCCGCACGACAUGGAGAGCGUGCAAGUGCAGUGGUCGAAGCAGCAAGAUGGCAAAACAGUGGAAUACCUCCACACAGAAGUUAUCGCCUGUGCCAAAAGAACAGACAUCACCGCCAGUUACCGCCGGCCAAAGGUGACCCUCGCGCACAGCGGCGUGUAUUACUGCAGUGUGCUCGGUGAUGGAAAUGUAACAGAAAAUGGCACGGGCACGGAGCUCAAGGUCUACGGUUUCAUGAAGUCAACGGACAUGAUGAAUAAAAACGCCAUGAAGGAAGCCAUCAUUUUCAUGCAGAUGUUCCUUCUGCUGGCCAUUUUGAUUGCGUCUGUGGUUAUAACGCUGGGUAAAAUAAAAAACAAAGCGGAUCCCGAGGAAUACAAUGAAGAACACACUUAUGAGGGACUGGAAAUCGAGCAGGUGGCCACUUAUGAAGACAUUGACACCGUCCGGCAAAUUGCAAAUGCCAAGUGGACCCACGGGGAACACCCAUGUGAAGAAUGAGCCCCCCAAAUACCUCUGGUGGCGGCUUUUGCACGUGAUGAGCUGAUUGAAGAAGGGUGGUCUUGUGCUUUCUGACAUCACAUCGCCUGCCAAUCAUGUUGCCCGAUAAUGGACAUGGCGUCGUUCUGCUGUCCCGCUGCAAGAGAGCCUUAAAGGCCACUGCUGCCUACGCCUUUGCUGACAGAGCGUCAAUAAGCUAAAACUGCAUUGGGGGAAUUUGGGGGAAUUGGGUGGGGUGGGGGGUCAACUAGUUAUCGAAAGAUAAUAGACAAUAAGCGGUGUUUAGUUUAGCACAGAAUGACUUCUAGCCCAAGUAAAGCGUCGAUUCAGGUAUUCCGUUACAAAGACAUAAAGACACCCUGGGGGUUCAAACUGAUGUGUUUUAAAAGAACACUCGAUAAUCAGUCCGGCUAGAUGUUCACCCGGGGUGGCAAAAUUUGGGCAUUUAGGAAACAAUAACAUAAAAUAAAAUACAGACCUACGAACACUCAGACUGAAUACAACUUCCCAAUUAUAUUGUUUUAUGCGAUUUUUGCAUACUAGCGGUGUUUGGUCUCAACAUCUGAUGACCUACACGAUCCAACAAUAACACAAACACCAACAAUGACACCAUAAAAAUAAUAACAAUAAUAGCAAUAACGUAUCAUAGAAGACACUGACAAUGGCAAAACAAGGCUGAACAAUCAAAUCGGCCACCGGACUGCAGCUCUCGAACGUACUGCACUGCUAACUGUGAUCAUCACCCCAUUAAAACUUGUGUUAUUACUCGUCAAAUAUCGUGGCGAGAUUCACUCUUGGCUCACUUAAGUUGUUCUCCAUAAUUCAUCUCUCAUGGAUAGAAAAAAAAACGGAGAGGUUGUGCAUCGAUGGGACGUUUAUAUUGCGUUGUUUGCAUACGUGAGAAUACAGAAAAUAAGAAUCUUUGCCCGCGACUGUUAUCUAAGGAUAAUCAUUAUACGUCAGUCUCAUUGAUUUUUGUGAUAAUAUAAAGUCUCUAAGUUUAUCUUAUUCGUUGAAAUGAGACGUAUGUGUUGUGGUGCUGCAUCGGUAAGAUCGAAACUAAGCGGUCACCAUCAACGUAACGUACAGGUUUGGCUGAAGGUUUAAACAGAAACCAAGAAACCAGUUUAUUAUACUUGAAGUGAAAAUAUCAUUCUGCAGAAAAACAACAAGGGGGCACUGCCCCCUGGUCACGUCGCUCGCCAACCCCCGGGUAUGGGUAACCAGAUGUACAACUUAAAGUGAUUGUUAUGUUCAUGGGAACUGUUAUAUAUAUACAUAAUAGAACUAACUAUUUUACAUUACAGCGAGUAAUUAACCAUAUUAUAAAAUAGUGAAGUGUAAUAAAUUGAACGGAAAAUUUAUGUUUCAUGUUGCGUCAGAGGAAUUCGUUGAGUUAAACGUUUUACUUCUGUUUGGCGUUGAAAUUAACACACAAAUACUUUUUGAACUUUUACUGUAAAACUUCACUAAAAACAAUAUUUGGAAUUAACUUUUC